AUGAGCUACUUCCGCAUCACCCUCGUCCGCUCCGCCAUCGGUCUCCCGCGCCGAACCACCGACGUCCUCAAGGCCCUCGGCCUCAAGAAGCGCAUGGCCACCGUCUUCCACGCCGUCUCCCCGUCCGUCGCCGGCCAGAUUAUGAAGGUCAAGGAGCUGGUCGAGGAGGUGCGCCUGGAGCGCAAGCCCGACCCGGGCUACUACGUCGAGAAGUACUCCGGGGCGGAAUACAAGGAGAACAGAACAGCUUGA